GUGGGCCUGAGACUCAGGGAUCGCCUAGGGUGACUUCGUCUUUAUUUCACGCCGUCGCACCUCUAGCGCAGUGUGCAUCGACUGAAUCGACAACGAAUUUGACUGUGCAUGUUAAGGCUUAGAUUUCAGUAGUUGUCACUGAGAGCGGUUACUAACGCCGAAGAGGAGACCCUCAUCUCUGAGAGAUGACCAGGGGGAAACACGGGAAAAGGUGAGCGGUGUUGGGGAUCCUGUUCCUUCACCAGAAUCAGUGACUCCUCACUGACUGCCGACCUUUAAGCAUGCGACCUUGGCCGCUGUACAGCAUAGACUCGAGAAAAUCAACCUCUUUGAUGAACAAUACGACGCCAGCUGCGUCGCUGCGGCCAACGUGUGGGGCAGUCGAUUGCAACAAAAGACUAGGACAUCUGCAACUUCAGGCAAGAUCGCUGUGAAAGUGAUUGACACUUCUGGCUCUAGACGUAGCAGGAAAUCCUCUUCCUCCAGCGUUGCGUCGAAGAAGCCGUCUCAGCCGCCAAAGCCCUUACCGUAUCCCUUUGAUCGAUUGCUCUCCGGUUCUGCGGAUGAAGAUCAUGGGUCUCAAAGUUGUGGAAGUCAACCUUGCGCGACUGCAAUCGGAUCAACUUCAACGUCAGUUAGCAAGUCUCAAUCACCGUCGGCCACUACGAGGACUACUUCUACGAAUAUGUCCACAUUAGGCUAG